CUGCCUGCACGGUGCUGCCCGCAGCCCCGGGCCUGUGCCCUGCCCGCAGCCCCGGGCCCGCCGCGCUGCUGCCGCCUCCCGCCCGCAGGGCCUCCGCGCCAGCCGCGGGGAAGCGACGGCUCCCGGGCAGGGCCCGGCCGGGCAGCGGGGGCAGGCGGGGGGAGGAGGCGGCGCGGCAGCACCUCUCGCCUAACGCCGCUCCCGGCUACGCGCUUUGCCCGCGGAGCCAGCGCGGGAGCUGCGGCGGGAGCUGGUGUAGCACAGGCAGCCGGUCCCGCCGCCCCAGGCCUGCCGCUGCCGCCGCCGCCGCCGCCCCCCAGGUGAGGGCGCGCAGGGCGGGGGCCGGGCUGCGCGGGGGUCGCCCCGCCGCGCCGCGCUCCUCCCACGGUACCGGCGGCGCCGCGGCCGUUUCCUGCCCGGCCUCCUGCGGGCCGUGCGCGCUGCCGGCUGAGGUGAAGGGCAUGAAAGCUGCUGUCAAACACUCUGGUCUGGGAGCACUGAUGGCUGGUGCAACAGCAUUUAUUGGGGGUCUGAUGGGAGGUCCACCUGGAAUCGCUGUAGGAGGAGCAUUUGGUGGAUUGCUUGGUGCCUGGAUGACCAGUGGGCAGUUCAGGCCAGUUCCUCAGAUUUUAUUGGAAUUGCCUCCUGCUGAGCAGCAGAAACUGUAUGAUGAAGCCAUUGUUAUUCUCAGGCGCUUAGACUGGACCGAUAUUGCUCAGCUGACUGCUCUUGUAAUGGGAAAUGCUAGUCUUCAGCAGAAGUUAACAGCAGUGCUGAUAAAUUACCUCACCAAAGAGCUAAGAGCAGAGAUCCAGUAUAGAGAAUAAACCUUUCCAGGGCAGGCUUUUUACAGUGUAAUGAAUUUUACUCUGACGGUUGUGAUUCUUCAACAUAGCAGUUAUUCAUAAUUAGUAGUGAUAACUAAUCUAGGCAAUUCUAAGCAUUGUUUUGGGGUGGGUUUGUUUUCUUGUAAUGAUGGUAUUAGGUUACUGCAUUAUCCUGACACUGACUUGCUAUGUAAUUUUGAAUUCCUUUGCACUAGGACUGAAUUAAAAGUCGCUGAAGGGAAUUAUGCUUUUCUUACACUAAUGUAUCACUGGUUAGAAUUUUCAAAGUCGUUGUGUUUUAUUUGGAAGAUUUAAUCCUGUUUGUGUAAGUGCUUUAAAUUUCGUCUGUGAAGGUGCCAAAGUAGCUAGGGCACUUGGAAGGAUUUUACCUACUGUCUGUUUUAGUCCUGCAAAGGAAGAUUAUAAGAAACCAUGUUAUUCUACUGUGAACUCAAAGAUGUCAAUCCUUACUUUAUUCUUUGUUGCAUUUUUAUUGUAGUCCUUGAGUUAUUUGUUCCUUUAUGUAAGAAGUGAAGUCAAUGCCUAAACAAGAUUUAAAGCAACAGGUAAACAAACUGUGCACAAUUAAGUGUUCCUGGUGUCCUAGAAUGGGAAGACAUGGCAAGAAUACUCUUCUAAAAUCCCCAGGCUUAGGAUUGUCAUUUCAGCAUUGGUUUCUUGACUGAAUCUGAACAGCUGGUCCUCUGUUUUCAUUCAGAUAUUCAUAAGAAGCAUCAUAGUGGUCUGUGUUUUCCUUGAAAGUGAAUGAACUCUUCAAGAAAGAAUACUGAAAUUUGAGGAAGAAGUCUUGUACUGGACAGCCAGCAGUUGGUAGCGGGGGUGAGGAGUGACAUGGUGGCUGCAGUUAACACUGAAAGCUCCAAAUGCAUUGUUGCUGAAUGUCCCAGCCAGUUUUUCACCAUUUGUUUCAAGGCACUUGUAAGACAAGUUUGUGAGUCAAAAAACGUGCAGGUGUGCCUUUUUUUGUAUGUAAAACCAUGUGAAACUGCUCUGAUAAUUUCAUUUUCCUCCUAAAAUAAAGAAACAUCUCUCUGUG